UCGCUGACGCCUCUCGAGGGAGGCCUUGUACAUGUUGUUAUAGAUGAAGAACAACUUGCACCGCAACAGUUGAUUAAGAGAGCUUCCAUCGCCUUAUUAUCAAUCAAUUGGGCCAUAGAACCAUGCAAUACGUUGGUCGUGCUUUUGACUCGGUCUCAAAGACGUGGAAUUCCAUCAACCCUGCAACGCUUUCAGGAGCCAUAGACGUUAUAGUUGUCGAGAAUGAGAAUGGCGAUCUUUCGUGUUCUCCCUUCCACGUUCGAUUUGGCAUACUGCAACUGCUACGUCCUUCCCAGAAGAAGGUUGACUUCAUCAUCAAUGGGAAGAUGACCAAUCUGCCCAUGAAGCUUGGUGACGGUGGCGAGGCCUUUUUCGUGUUUGAGGCGUCAAAGGACGUUGACGUUCCUAGUGAUCUGAUAACGUCGCCGGUGCUGUCAGCUGCAAGCUCGCCAUCCUCCUCACCUCCCAGCUCACCUAAGAAGAAUGACAGUUCUUUACAAGAGCCUGAGUAUCUCGACAUCACACAGUCAGCACCAGACCUCUCGAAACCGGUACACCCAGGUGAGUUCAAUCCGAUGAGCUCAUCACCGACGUUGGCAGAGCCUGCGAUGUCACCGUCUCGGGAGGCAACAUUGGAGAAAGUCUACAACCUGUCGAAGAAGUUGACCAAGAUCAACAUACCAACAACGGUGGCACACAACGGAGAUUUGUUUCUCGAUAUGGAUGGAUAUAAAUCCAACGCAAAGAACAUCCACAAUAAUGACGAGAUGAUUAGAGAUUUGAUCAACGAAGAGUUUGGCAGCGACGUUGACGUUUCCCGAUUCAUCAAAGAGGAUGACAAGGGGAACCUGAUUUUCUCAACGGAUGAUUUGUCCAUUACGAGUCCACCAACAUCACCUGAUUUACCUGUUGAUAGCGGUUCGUCCGAUACUGAGGAGCCCCAAACUGGCACAUCUACGUCAUCUUCAACGACGAAUUACGUCAAGACUCUAAGAUUAACGUCUGACCAGCUCAAGUUUUUGGAUUUGAAACCAGGUGAGAAUGACAUCUGUUUCAGCGUCAAUAAAGGGAAAGCACUGAUCAACUCGAAGCUGUUUUUAUGGAAACAUGACGUGCCAAUCGUGAUAUCAGAUAUCGAUGGCACCAUUACCAAAUCAGAUGCGCUUGGACACGUCUUGACGAUGCUGGGCCGUGAUUGGACGCACCCUGGUGUUGCUAAGCUGUUCACAGACAUUGAGCUGAACGGAUACAACAUUAUGUAUUUAACUGCGAGAUCUGUUGGCCAAGCAGACUCCACGAGGGCUUACUUACGGUCGAUUGAUCAGGAUGGGGUACAGCUUCCAAAUGGCCCUGUUAUUCUAUCACCAGAUCGGACCUUGGCAGCGUUGAAAAGAGAGGUUGUCUUGAAAAAACCAGAGGUGUUCAAGAUGGCGUGUUUAGGCGACCUGAAGAACCUUUAUGGAGAGCUAGGAACUCCAUUCUACGCUGGGUUUGGUAAUAGAAUUACCGAUGCCUUGAGCUAUAGAUCUGUUGGCAUACCAAGUUCGAGGAUCUUUACGAUCAACCCAGUUGGUGAAGUACACAUGGAGUUGUUGGAGCUUGCCGGGCUGAAGAGCUCGUAUGUGUAUAUCAACGAAUUAGUUGAUCAUUUCUUCCCACCGGUCAGUACAGGUGUUGUCAACGAGACGUAUACGGAUGUCAACUUUUGGAGAGAACCGUUACCGGAAUUGAGCGAUUUGAGCGACGAG